ACAGGUGUUCUCGAUUUUCACUCAGACGAAAGCACAACGAACGAAUAGCAACUCGAGUAUUUCAUGCUGACAAGAAUACGAGAUGUGAGAAAACAUUUGUAUUUCAGAGAGUUUGGAAAUAAAGCACGUUUACGUCACUUCCAUGUCAAGGUGCUCAGGAUGGUGUAGAGAAGAGUCACCCCGCCUCCAAAACAGCGGAAAAGCCUUUCUUGUGUCGACUUCCCGGCAUGUGGAGAGUUUUAACUGACGGCACAAUGCGGCAAAGUAGAACUUGGGGUGGACUCUACUCCAGCUACUUCAAAGUUAAGAAACGGCAACAAGAGGAAGACCAAGGAAGUACGGCGCAAGCCUUGACCGGACCGUGUCACCGUCGAUCGGCUUCACGCGGACUCCACCAGAGAUCGCUGCCCGACAACAAGCCGAGCCGUGUAUCUGUCGUCGUCAUCUGAGCGCACGCGGCGCGGCGCCUUGCCUCGCCUUAUUGAAACGGAGGAGCCCAUUAAAGUGGGUUGAUAGAUACGAAGGUUCGGCGUUGAGGUGCCGUUGUCGGAUGGCUGCAGCUCGGAGAUGAGAUAAGAGGAGUGGAAAGCAGAGGAACAAAAGUGGCCGUCUGACAGCCGCUGAAUACAAAUGAGUAUCCAUCACUCCGACUGCAACGUAAGCAGGCCCGAAUCGAUAAUAUAACAUUGAAAUGGACAAAUCAGCGGGCUUCAGUUACAGGAACAUUAGCUCGGAACGCCAAAUGAUGGAAUUAGACGUUAGCUUCGGGUUGAUAUGAAAAACAAGGCAUGGGGGGAUUCGACCCUGCGCUCUCGGGCGCGUGUGCAAUGAGGCUCUCGUAAAGCUGUCGAGAAUGGCGAGCGAGAUGGAGGCGUACAACGUCUCCCUGGACUACUUCACCGGCAACGUCACGGAGAUUCCCGACCCUACCAGCGCGUCUCCCUACUGGAGUGACGCCUCCGUUUUGGGCUUCCAGAUCUCCCUGUCCACGCUCCUGGGGGCGGUGACCUUCGCCACGGUGCUGUCCAACGCCUUCGUCAUCGCCACCAUCUUCCUGACCAGGAAGCUGCACACGCCCGCCAACUUCCUGAUCGGCUCGCUGGCCGUCACCGACCUCCUGGUGUCAAUCCUGGUGAUGCCCGUCAGCAUCGUGUACACGGUGAGCAAGACCUGGUCGCUGGGGCAGAUCGUUUGCGACAUCUGGCUGUCGUCCGACAUCACCUUCUGCACGGCGUCCAUCCUCCACUUGUGUGUCAUCGCCCUGGAUCGCUACUGGGCCAUCACGGACGCGCUGGAAUACUCCAAACGCCGCACCAUGCGGCGAGCCGGGAUCAUGGUCGGAGUGGUGUGGGUGAUCUCCAUCUCCAUUUCCAUGCCUCCUCUCUUCUGGCGGCAAGCCAAAGCCCACGAGGAGCUGACGGAGUGCUUGGUGAAUACCGAUCAGAUCUCGUACACGCUCUACUCCACUUUCGGGGCCUUCUACGUUCCCACGGUGCUUCUGGUCAUCCUCUACGGACGGAUUUACGUGGCGGCGCGCUCCCGCAUCUUUAAAAUGCCCACGUCGUCCGGGAAGCGCUUCACCACGGCGCAGCUCAUCCAGACCUCGGCGGGCUCGUCCCUGUGUUCUCUCAAUUCCUCGUCCAACCCAGAAGGGCACGUCCACUCAGGAACGGGAAGCUCGCCUCUCUUUGUGAACAGCGUGAAGGUGAAACUGGCCGAUAGCGUGCUGGAAAGGAAGCGACUGUGCGCCGCUCGCGAGAGGAAAGCCACUAAGACCCUGGGCAUCAUCCUGGGCGCUUUCAUCGUGUGCUGGCUUCCGUUCUUCGUGGGCACCUUGGUCACGGCCAUUUGCAAAGAGUGUUGGUUUCACCCGGUGCUCGUUGACGUCUUCACCUGGUUGGGAUACCUCAACUCGCUCAUCAACCCGGUGAUCUACACCAUGUUCAAUGACGAGUUCAAGCAGGCCUUCCAGAAACUCAUCAAGUUCAGACGCUUCUCCUGAAGACCCAACAAGCUCGCGGAAAAUCGUCCAAUCGAAUAGAAUGACUCCAAUGUACAUUUUCCAUCUUGUGAACACAUGAACGUAUGGUUGAUGUU